AUGGUUGGACGAACACUGAUCAAUGUUGCAAUUAUUGGCGGUGGACCAGGAGGACUGGGAACGGCCAUCGCUCUAUCCCAACUCCCCUUCGUUCAGGUCAGUCUUUAUGAGAAAAAUCCGGAACCUCGUGAGGCUGGUGCAGGAAUAAGUCUUAGUACGAAUGCAUGGAAAGUCCUCGACUUGCUUGGAGCCAGUAAUGGGGUCAAGGGAGGCUCCAAGGCAAACACACACCAACGGAAUGCCCAUACAGGAACAAUUCUCAGUGUGGUACCAUCGCCGGAAAACUCCAAGGCAGACUCUCGCGGGGCGAUUCGUGCCCGCAGAACGCGCCUCCAAUCGGCACUGCUCUCACGAGUCCCAGAAGGAAUCAUUCGAUAUGACAAAAAGCUCAUCCAUCUGGAAGAUCUAGCAAAUGACGGAGUGCGGUUAGUGUUUCAUGACCAGACCGAAACAGUUGCAGAUCUUGUCGUCGGAGCGGAUGGAAUACAAUCUGAACCAAUUUCGCAGAUUGUCCGCCGGACACUACUCCCAAAUCAUCACCUCUCUUUCACAGGAACUAUUGCAUGGCGCGUGAUUGUCCCCAAAGCAAACCUGGCUCAUAUUUCCGACAUCACAUCCUUCACGAGCUGGUGGUGGGGUGAAACCGGUCAUGUCUAUUUUUCAGAUGUCGAUGAUGACAGCGAGGAAACCCCGCAUUUUGAAAUCACUGUGCGUGGAUAUCGCGAGCCUGAGAUCCCUGGAAAAACUGUUGUCUGGGGAGUUCCUGCCACCAACGAUCGUGUGGAGUCCCGUGUUGAGAAAUAUGACCAGCGAAUCAAAGACGCUGUCAACGUUGUUCCGGAAGGGGCGUGGAGAGAAUUCGCAAUGUUUGCAGGCCCGCGACUUGACAGGAUUAUUGGCUGGGAAAACAAAGUCGCACUUAUUGGAGAUGCCAGCCAUCCCCUCUCCGGUGCUUUUGGUUCUGGUGCAACAUUCGCUAUGGAAGAUGGGUGGAUUCUUGCGCGGGCUCUGGAAUAUACUCAAUCACUUUCCCUUCCGGUUGGAGACGCCCUCGAAAUUUUCAACACGAUCCGGUCUCCAUAUUAUGCUAGGAUGUAUGAGCAUCUGGAUGAAUCGGAAGAAAGGCUGCGAAAAGCUCGAGAAGAAACCAAAAGUUUUGACGAAUUCCUACGUGCCAAGAUUAAGUACUUCCUUUAUGGUGACAAAGAUUUCAUUUACAAGAAUGAUAUCCAAAAGGUGUGGAAAGACUAUAUAGAAGCAGUGGGAAGACACUGA